AUAGAAAGGCUAUCUAGUCACCCAAACCAAAGCCUCUAUAGCAGCCACCUAUCCGUCUCAAUCCUCAUACCUUCUCGUUCUACCAAUAGAAAACCUUCAUGGCCCUCUCUAAGAUUUUCCUUACCCUGAUUCUCCUCUCUUUUCUUGCCUCGGCUGCUCAUGGGCAAUUGUCACCUACGUUCUACAGCAGGACCUGCCCGAACCUUGAGAGAACCGUCAACAUGAUGAUGUUUCGGGCCAUCAGGAGGGAGCCGAGAAUGGGGGCGUCCAUCCUUCGACUCUUUUUCCAUGAUUGCUUCGUAAACGGUUGCGAUGCAUCAGUCCUUCUUGAUGACACACCGACGUUCACUGGUGAGAAGAACGCAGGCCCAAAUCUAAACUCUCUCCGUGGCUAUGAAGUCAUCGACUCCAUCAAAUCCCAACUAGAGAGAAUUUGCAGCGCAACCGUGUCGUGUGCCGACAUCCUCGCCCUUGCAGCACGCGCUGGGGUGGUCUUUCAUGGCGGACCGAAAUACGUAGUGCCGCUGGGCCGCAGGGACGCGAGGACGGCGAGCCAGCUCGCAGCCAAUACCAACCUUCCACCUGCCUCUGCCAGCGUCAACACCCUCAUAUCGAUGUUCGCCGCCAAGGGCCUCGACGCCCGCGACAUGACCGCCCUCUCCGGUGCGCACAGCAUCGGCUUAGCACGUUGCACCACCUACCGCUCUCACAUCUACAACGACCUCGACGUGGAUCCAGCCUACGCCGCCGCACGAAAGCAAACUUGCCCGGCCUCCGGCGGGGACGGCAACCUCGCACCGCUCAACAUCCAGAAUCCCAACAGGUUCGGCAACACCUACUUCCAGAACCUCGUGGCCCGCCGUGGCCUUCUUCACUCGGACCAGGCUCUCUUCGACAAUGGGCCUGUGAAUGGGCUGGUACAGCUUUACAGUACUAAUAAUUCGGUCUUCUAUACUGAUUUUGCUGCCGCCAUGGUGAAGAUGGGAAACAUCAGCCCGCUGACAGGAUUCAAUGGGGAGAUUAGACGGAAUUGCAGAAGGGUGAAUUGAUGAUGAUGAUGAUAAUGAUGAUGGUGAUGAUGAUAUAUUUUACUUUGUCCACCGUAGAUAAGUGAAAGUAAUUUAAGGGUGAUGACUUUGUGUUUAAAUGUAAUAGCAGACGUUCUUAUCUCCUGUUUAUUGAUGUACAUUUAUUCAAAAUUGUUUGUUGUCCAUAUAUUAUAUAUGGGAGCAGUAAAACAGUUGAAAUUAUAAGAAGAGAUUUUGGCAGUCGUAA